CCUCUGUUCAUAAGCUUAACGGUGUCGGCGCCUAUUUUUUGGACUUUGGCCAACCAUUACCAUGAUUUGAGUAUGGUAGCUAAAGUGGCUGUCAUUGCCCACAAAACAACAAAUAUUGAAAAUCAAAUUCAUGUUCUAUCAGAGCAUGUAGUACUAUUGCUCAUAAACUCUCAUAUUCAUUGGUGAGUUUGGUUUGGAGUAAAUUAAUGGAAACACCGUUGCUCAAAGGCAAAGGCGAAGCGGAGGCAGCUGAUGAUGACUAUGCGGCAGUGAGGAGCUUUGAGGAGGCCAUGUGGGUCUCUUGGAAGGAGGCAGCGAUGCUCUGGAGAAUUGCAGCUCCGGUGGCGUUUACAACUCUGUUUCAGUACCUGGUUCUGUCUGUCACCACCGUCUUUGUGGGUCAUCUCGGAGAUCUUGAGCUCUCUGCUAUUUCCCUUUCUGUCACUGUCAUCUCUGGCAUCCCUUUUGGUUUACUGCAAGGUAUGGCAACUGCACUGGGAACGCUUUGUGGUCAAGCAUAUGGUGCAGGCCAAGUUGGGUCACUUGGAAUCUAUAUGCAGCGGUCAUGGAUUGUCCUAUUGAUCACCUGUAUCAUCCUUUCACCGGUUUAUAUUUUUGCUGCUCCAAUACUGGAGAUUUUAGGCCAAGAAAGUGAUAUAGCUGAUCUUGCUGGAAAAUAUAGUGUAAAGAUAAUUCCUCAGUUGUUCUCCUCUGCCAUCUUUUUUCCCACUCAGAGGUUCCUUCAGGCUCAGAGCAAGGUUAGUGCAAUGGCAUUGAUUGCUUUUGUGGCGCUGAUCGUACAAACUGGACUGCUUCAUCUUUUCAUCAAUGUGUUUGGCUGGGGAACCACUGGUGCAGCUGUGGCUUAUGACAUCACACACUGGGGAAUUACAGUUGGUCAAUUUGUGUAUAUUAUGGUUUGGUGCAAAGAGGAGUGGACUGGAUUUUCAUGGCUGGCAUUUGAGGACAUUUGGGCUUUUGCCAAGCUAUCCCUUGCCUCAUGCAUGAUGUUUUGCCUAGACUCAUGGUAUACCAUGACCAUAAACAUUCUCGCAGGUUUACUUGAAAAUGCAGUGAUUGCUGUUGGUUCCUUUUCUAUAUGCAUGAACUUUCAGAAUUGGGAGAUCAUGUUGUUGGUUGGACUAAAUGCUGCUAUAAGCACUCGAGUCUCCAAUGAACUUGGAAUGGGGCGCCCAAGAGCGGCCAAAUACGCUGUCUGUACUGCAGUCUUGCAAUCUCUCAUAGUUGGAAUUUUAUCUAUGAUUGCUGUCUUCAUAAGUAGAGACUACUUUGCCAUGGUUUUCACAAACAGUGAAGAUAUGCAACGUGCCGUUGCUCGUUUAGCAUACUUUCUUGGUGUAACCAUGCUUCUUAAUAGCGCAACAGUAGUGUUAUCUGGUGUUGCUGUUGGAGGUGGAUGGCAAGUGAUGGUUGCUUAUAUAAACUUUGCUUGUUAUUAUCUAUUUGGGCUCCCACUUGCAAUCUUUCUUGGAUUUAAAGCAAAUCUGGGUGCUCUGGGACUUUGGGGUGGCAUGAUGAGUGGAAGUGCGCUUCAGAUCUUAUUCUUAUUGAUUGUGACUUCCAGAACCAACUGGAACAGAGAGGUGGAGCAAACAACAAAGCGCAUCAACAACUGGGGAAGCCAAUAAACAAAAACUCAAACAAGCGCAGCUGGGCUGAGUUGGAACUGGACUUGGGCCCACCGUCUUUACGAAUCGCCGUCUUGUUCUUCUCAUGGAUCACUAGUGGACGACUACACUGGUACCCAUGGACAUUUAAAAGGUUGAGUAAAGGUUUGUUAGAGUUUUGGGUCUCCAUCUGUGCUCACAUCCACUUUGGGUAGGGUUCCAUGAGAGAGCCAAAAGCCUCCCAUAAUCAUACGCAUGACUGAAGAAACUCUUAGUAUACUAAGCACUCAAAAAACUUAUCACUAGCUCUUAAUAUAGUAGUAUUUCAUUUCUUCCUCUAUAAUUAUUAUUAUAAAAAUAAAAACUUAAAAAGCAUCUCUUGAUUUACAAUUCCCUGCCCUUGAGUGCAAUUUCGCACUUAUCUUAAUACAAGUAAAGAGUGUAAGACAAAUCUUUUGAACUGCGAAUAAUAAUUUUUAUUAUUAUUAACACUUGAAAAAAUGAAGCAAGAGUGAAAAUUUUGGGGAAAUAGUAGUAGGUAUGUUGGAUUUAUUCAGGUCCAUUCAUUUCAGCAAUUAUGGGUGUUUAGUACCAGAGACGUGGACAAUGAACCAUCGAUUACCAUACCAAACUUUUUUAAGUUUGAGUGUGUGUCUGGUGCUGAGAAAAUCUUACCAAGUUGAAGGUGAGGUGGUUGGAUUCUUGUGCUGCUGGUGUGCUGUGCAAACAAGGGAAAUAAUUAUACAUGGAUACGUACGAUGACCAAUAUAUGUUCCAUUGAGGAUUGAGCAUGUAUAAUGUGUGGUAUGGGGCUAGCCUAGCCUAGCUAUAUUUGGUACCAAACAGUCGGCAUUUCCACUGGGAGGAGGAAACUUUGAAGUCUCAAGAGCGAUUGGUAGGUGGGCGAGAGAGUGGUGGUUCAAAACUUCAUUAUUUGGUCUUUGGAAUUACACUGGAAAAUUUGAACGGUGGGCUUUGAGUUUACGUAAGUCUAGCUAAAUCCAAGACCAUUCUUUGAUAUUUGCAAAUCUUUCUGAGUUGUGACACUGACAUUCACAAAGAUGACUGAGAACCACGUGCUAACUGUCGCCAUGUGUAUGACCAAAAUUGGAACAAGACGAGCUCAUGCAAAGCAUAGCUUACCUAAUUUGAUUUUUCUUUCUUCUAGAUUAAAAUUAACAAUACUUUGCAAAGUUUUCCCCAAGCCGUGCAGAUUUUUUUUUAUAGUACAAGUCUACGUUACAAGAGGAAGGAGGAAGGGAAGUUUCACGUACAUUAUUAAGGCGUCAUAAAAAUUUGAACUUGGGACUAAUAAUAUAUAAAUUAAAGUCCUUUUAC